CCGCGGAGGCUUCUGGGAGUUGCAGUCCCUCUUCUUGCUUCCCGGAGGGCUGGUACUCCACCUCGCAGCCUGCCAUUUGGCGAGUGAGGUGUCUCCUGGUGGAUGAAGUUUCACUUCAGCCGUUGCAUGGAGCAGCUCCUUGACUUGGAACUACAACUUCCACUUGGCGCUGCGUUUUUGGCUGCCAAUCUUGAGCCGAGUCUAUUGAGAAAGCUUUGAAGCUCAGCAAAGAAGGGAAAUCCAUUGAGAACAGUCUGUAAAGGUAUUCCAGGACUGCCAACCUGUCGACAGCCUCUGCAGAAACUCUGCGCACCCUUCUGUUGAGCACUCUGAGGAAGUAACAGUCUUCAGACAGACUUCAAUUUGAGGAAAUGUCAUUCAGAUUUGGCCAACAUCUCAUCAAGCCCUCCGUGGUGUUUCUCAAAACAGAACUGUCCUUUGCCUUGGUGAACAGGAAGCCUGUGGUACCUGGACAUGUGCUCGUGUGUCCCCUCCGGCCAGUGGAGCGCUUCCGAGACAUGAGUCCCGAAGAAGUGACUGACUUGUUUCAGGCAGCACAGAGAGUCGGCACGGUGGUGGAGAAGCAUUUCCAGGGCACCUCGCUCACGUUUUCCAUGCAGGAUGGCCCCGAAGCCGGACAGACUGUGAAGCAUGUUCACAUCCACGUUCUUCCAAGGAAGGCUGGAGACUUUCACAGGAAUGAUAGCAUCUAUGAUGCGCUCGAGAAACACGACAGAGAGGAUCAAGACUCCCCAGCCUUGUGGCGGUCAGAGGAGGAAAUGGCGGCUGAGGCUGCAGCGCUGAGGGGCUACUUUCAGUGACGCAGGCACGGAAGGAAGAGGAACAAAUCCCCAGGCAUAAGGAAACGGGCCUCAUGCUUCAGGGCCCUGGGCCUUGGAAAUGCAGCUAAGCAAACUUUAUUACAUCCUACAAUUCGACAGCCUUUUGCAAAGCAUUUUAUUAUGCUUGUGGAAGCCAACGGGGUUAUGUUUCAAUCACCGUGACUGACAGGCUGCCUUCAAAACCACGGCACCCACUUGCCCUUCCACACUUCCUCAGCUACGUACGUAGAAUAGAACUUUCCUAAUUUGUCCCUUGGCCUGGAUGGGAAAUAAAAAUGCUAGUUAAAAUA